CUUUGGUAAAUUUAAUAUUGUUCAUACUCUACAGUGAACAGUGUGGUGAUGUAGCCACCAGAAAACACGACAAGAGUGAGCGCUUUUCUGAAAUUGAUAUAAUUUGCAUUCAAGUCUGUUGACACUGAUUUGUCGAGCUACGGAGCGAGGUCUGGAUACGCAUUGUGAAAUUCGAAAUCUGCGGCGAUCUUUAACAACAGAUUUUGAUUUGAUAUUUUUCAUUUUUUUAACGAAGAACUUACUGUUACAUAUUUAUAAUAUUAGUGGUGCUUCUGUUGAGAAUUUCUACGCGAUCUACACGAAAGUUGGUGUCUAUGCGAAAGUGUCAUGUGUUUCUCUGGAAAAGUUGUGUUCUAGAUUAUAAAUUAGUUUCAGAUUCAGGAUAAUGAAUAGGCCUUUAGGCCUUUGGAUACUUCUGUCAGCAGGUGUUUUAUGGUUAAGCACUCAAGAUGUCCACGGAAAAAGAGCAACAGCCCUAAUUUUUGCCAAAACUACAACAACUACCACCACCACGUCUAGUACACCAGCGUCAGAUGAGAGCUUGGACUCGUCAGAGGAAGAGGGGGAUUCAACUGAAGCAAAUGCUGAUGGUAGCGGAAAUUCAACCAAACCUCUUCUAACCGGUAUUCCACAAAUAGAUUACAUAUACGAUCCAAAUUUGCCAAAAGAAUUGAACGGUUACAACCUGUCCGACUACCCCUUUUACGAGAGGGUUCCAGAAAAUAUUACAUUUAAGUGCGAUGGACUGCACGACGGAUUUUAUGCCAGCGUGAUACACAAAUGUCAGGUAUAUCAUCACUGCCUUUAUGGGACCAGAUACGAUUUCCUAUGUGCCAAUUAUACAGCUUUUGACCAGAAAACGUUUAUAUGCCACUUCGCUUCUGAGGUCGACUGCAGCAACUCCAAAAGAUUUUGGCACAGGAACGAUGCCCUAUACAAACAAGACUCUACAACCACCAGUAGACCACUGGUUAUACCUACCACACCCGCCCCUCCAGUUCCACCACCCCCAGUACCAGUAGCCACCGCCGCGAUACCAUCAGGUCCUGGAACUGGCCCGCGAAGGGGUGUAGGGCGCCCUUAUCGAAGAAGACGCCCCUAUUAUGAUUACUACGAAGACUACUACGACGACUUUUAUUACGAUGAUAGACCCAGAUCUCGCGGACGAAAGAGGCCUAGACCUCGGCCUAGACCUCUUUAUGACGAUGAAUACGAAGAUGAAUAUGACGAUGACAGAUAUGAAAGGAGGGGCAAUGGCGGUCGAAGGAAUGAAAACAGAAGGCCGUAUAAUAGACGGCCUAAUAGAGGACGUAUUAAGGAGAGGCCUAAAUAUGAUUAUGAUGACGAAGAAGAAGAUCGAUUUGACGAUGAAGAGGAUGUUAAUAGCAGGCGAAGAAAACCCAUCGAUAAAAAUAAAAAAUCUAGUUCCAGAAAACGACCAUCAGAAGAAACCGGUGAAGAAACAGUAUCAAAAGAACAAAAAACAAAAUCAGACACAAGAACAAUUAUAAAACCAGUCAGUGGAACCAUAUAUGACCGACCACGGGUUGCGCCCAAAAUUAAACUACCAGUGCCGAAAAAUGAAGCAAAUAAAUAUGCUUACAAACCAUAUUCAACAACAAAAGUUACUCAAAAAGAAAAUGAUGAAUAUGAAAAUUAUGAAGAAGAAUCAAAAUCGAGUAAAAACGAAGAAUCUAGUAAGAAAAAGCAAGUGGUGGCUGAAAAUAAACCAGUAGAUGAUGUCGAAACUGGAAGAAACCAUAAGAAACCUGAUGAAGAUUAUUACUAUGAUGAAUACGAAGAAGACGAUGUAUCGUUGUCAGAUAGCAAAGAAAAGGAAAAAGUGAAAGAACAAUCAUCAUUUUCUAGUAAUAAAGAGAAAACACAUUACACAAAUGUAAAAUCACAACCUACAUCUACAACGACCACUACGACUACAACAACCACUACAACAACAACUACAAAAACAACAGAAAAACCUAUUCCGAUUAUGAAUAGCGAAUUAAGCCACUUAGAUCAGCCUGUUAUCAUUAGAUUAGUAAAAAGACCAUUUUUGCCAAGCCGAGGGGGAAACCCAUACGCAGCGAGAGGUUUACAGCCUGUAGGAUCACGAGCCUUGCCUCAAAACAUAGAAGAUAGUAUAGAGGCUGAAGGUUUAACUGAGCCUAAAUACGAAAAGAAUUUUAGGCCUAUGUCUACUACUGCGAAAUCGCUAGAAAAGGAAGAGAUCAAAAUGGAAUCAGUCCGAACUGAUUACAUGGAUCUUAGAGCGCCUCAGCCACCAAAACCACAGUAUAAGAAUCCUCUGGAUAUUAAUCUUGAAGACUACGACGUAACUCUUAAUGACGCGCUUAACCCAACUCUACCUAAUCUUCCAGUUCGAAGCUAUCCUACGGGAUUCGACGUUUCUAAUGAUUAUUCUUACAAUUAUCAGAAAAGCAAUAGAUUCAUUCCCGACCAAGCAGCCUCAACGGCAACUACCAAUUACGCCUUUAAACCAAAACCGGUGAAUCAACGAUAUGAAACAAUGCAAAUCCCGCGAGAACAUCAACCUAGCAGCAAUUUCAGGGGUUACUAUAGCGUGAUAGAAGACUACAGAGCUAGGCCAAUUCAAAAUAAUCAAGCCUAUUAUACGAGGUUUUAAAAAUGCUCAAGAGCCAUACAAAAUUAGUUCAAUAAUUUUAUUUUAGCCAGGUAGAUUUGUAGUUAAUACAACCAGAGUGUGUGAGGAACGGCAAAUUUACCAAAAAUAAAAAAUAAAUACCAAA